CGCCGGGUAGUGGGCUGCCGGCGCGGGGUGUGCUCGGCGACUGAGCUGGGCCGAGUGCUGAUCGCGACGCCCGACCUCGACGUGUACGAGGAGGACUAUCGAGCAGGAUCGAUGGGCGUGGAUAUUGCGCGAGUGGUUUUCAAUCCUGCGAGGUGGCCGCCCCCAGCAACAGUGCCACGCGCCCAUGUGUACAGGUUCCGAGACGAGCCCACUGGCCAGGAGUAUGCAGCUAUGCGGGCAGCCGCCCGCUCCGAGGCCGAGAGGCUUUGGGUUGCCGACGACAGAGCGGGCGGCGGCCCAGGAGCGCCGAUCCCAGACAACGAGUUCGUGCCGUUCGAGUCGAUCGCCGGCGUGAUGGCUGGGGUCGGCGGGGCUGCCGGGCCAGGGGCCGCGCCUGCGGGGGCCGCGCCUGCGGGGGCGGUGGUGCCGCUUGCGGCCUGGCCCGCAGCGCCGGCGCCCAUCGCGGGCGGCCCCGCGCCAGGCCUUGCGCUGGCGCCAGCCCCGCCCGCGGCAGCGGCACCCGCUGUGCCCGUCGCCGUGGGAGCCCCCGCCGCCGGCGCGGGUGCGGCCGCAGGCGCGGCGCCCCAGGGGCGGCCGCCGGCCAUCCCCGAUGGCCUGCCGAUCGCCGUCCCGGCGAACGGCCUGGCCCCCCUGGGGUGGAGCUGGCGCGCGCUGGAGGACCUGACGGGGCUUGUGGCGUACGGUGACGCGGUGGACAUCGGCGCGGCGGGGGGCCCCGCCCUCGCCGGCGGCGCCGGUCGCCGCCAGGUGGCCCUCCUGCCCAGCGGGCACUCGGUCUUCGUCGCCCUGGUGGCGGACACGGAGAUUGAGCACCUCAAGCGGGAGUUCAGGGGCUCGGAUGCACGGACGCUGCUUGUGGUGAGGACCGCGAUCGGCAGAGAGCGGUCGGGGGCCUCGGUCGUCACCGACUGCCGCGAAGAGGAUGUCCAGGACUUCGGCGUGAAGGCCCCAAGGUCCGUGAAGUGGUGCGCGGCCUACCAGCAGCGUGACGGCGGGCCUGUGCUCCACUCGGAGAUGUGGAAGAGCCGGCGCCGACUGCAGGACAGCGACUUCGGGGUGGCCGAGCACGAGACGCUGAGCAAGGUCGCGCACCGGAAGCUCCAGCUGAUCGAGCACUACUGGGACGAACGACGGCAGGAGCAGCAGCCGGCCAACUCCAAGCUGCCGCUGGACGAGGUGCAGGCCUUCAUGGGAGGAGGCCGAGCCGCCAUCAUGGCGCGUCCUGAAGCGCUGGACCAGGUGGCGAAGAAGCUGGAGAGGAUCGCAGGCAUCAAGAAGAACGCGAGGAAGUUGCGGGAGGAGCAGGCCGCUUUGGCCAAGAAG